UUAACGUUACAAUGAACCGUGGCUCGUCUGUGUGGGCUGCAACCCUCCGAAAAAUAUACUUUAUUAUAUAUAUAUAUAUUACCUGAAUGUAGUUCCAGACAAAGCUUUAUCAAUCCUCAUUAGUAAAGUGUAAGAGUCCAGCAAAUUAAUCAGAUCUACACGGCGAGUGACGGAAAUCUUGUUGAAGUCACCGGGGAGUCAAACAGCAACAGUGAUGGAGAUGCCAUCAAGGUGUUUGUUCGGGUUCGACCAUUGACUCAAGGCACGGGGUUAACAACAGAUGGUGAUCACAACUUGUGUCUGACAGUGACCUCUCCUCAAACUGUCAGACUGCACUGCAAACCUGAGCCAAGAAACUUCACCUACGACCAUGUAGCCGAUAUGAACACAAGCCAGGAGGAGGUUUUCUCCAGUGUGGCUAAAAACAUUGUAGAGUCCUGCAUUAACGGAUACAAUGGCACCAUUUUUGCCUACGGACAGACGGGUUCAGGAAAGACCUUCACCAUGCUGGGUCCAUCAGAGGUGGAUAAUUUCUCAGAUGAGCUGCGUGGUGUGAUUCCUCGUAGUUUCGAGUAUCUUUUCUUCCUCAUACACAGAGAAGUGGAGAAGUCUGGUGGGAUGAAGAGUUUUCUGUGCAAGUGUUCCUUCAUAGAGAUCUAUAAUGAACAGAUAUAUGACCUGUUAGACAGCGUGUCCACCAGCCUGUUUCUGAGAGAGAACAUCAAACGGGGUGUGUUUGUAGAAGGAGCCGGGGAGAAAUAUGCAGCAUCUGCCGCAGAGGCUUAUCAGGUGUUGUCUAUGGGGUGGAGGAACCGCCGAGUGGCGUCCACAUCAAUGAACCGAGAAUCAUCUCGCUCGCAUGCCGUGUUCACCAUGACGCUUGAAUCAAAGGAGACCAUACAGGAAGUGGUCAACAUCCGCACUUCUCAGCUCAACCUGGUUGAUCUCGCUGGGUCAGAGAGACAGCGGGACACGCAUUCAGAGGGUUCACGACUUAAGGAGGCGAGCAGCAUAAACCUGUCACUGAUGUGUUUGGGUCAGGUGAUCAUGGCCCUGGUGGAUGUGUCCAAUGGAAAGAACCGUCAUAUCUGCUACAGAGACUCCAAAUUGACCUUCCUGCUCAGGGAUUCUCUAGGUGGAAAUGCUAAAACUUACAUCAUUGCUAACGUUCAUCCUGGCUCCAGAUGCUUUGGAGAAACGCUAUCCACCCUGCAGUUCGCACAGAGAGCCAAGCUCAUCAAAAAUAAGGCUAUGGUCAAUGAAGACACUCAGGGUAACGUCAGACAACUUCAGGCAGAAGUCCGAAAACUAAAGGAACUGCUCGCUAAUGCUCUUUCACAAACACAUAUCACAGAUAUCACGCCAGAAGACCAACAAACGGGUACACAAUCAGCUGGCCACUCUGAUCGUGAGGUUUCCUAUAAGGGGCAGUUCAUUCAGGCCAUGCAAUUCUGGAAGAAAGGACAAGAGGAGAAGAAGUGUCUUCAGGAGAAGGUUUCUCAGCUGCAGGCUGCCUGGGCUCAGAAGGAGAAGUUCAUUCAGUCCAAUCGUAUGAUCAUGAAGUUCAGAGACGAUCACAUUGCUCAGCUGAAGAAAGAGCUGCAGAGCGGCCAGAGAUCAGAACCUGAUGAGCAGAUCCGUCUGCUGCAGGAGGAGAUACGACUACUGCAAGAUCAGGUGCAGCACAACCCGAGGAUUAUGCGCUAUGCAGCGGAAAACUGUGGCCUGCGUGAGGAGAUCAGAGCUCUGCGGUCUCUGGAUUCAGUCAGAACUGCUCGUGAGAUUGAAGUUCAGUCUUUGACCGCACUGGAGAAAACCUUCCUACAACUGCUGGAGGCUCAGAGAAUAGAGGACACCACUGAAGCUCCGCCCACCUACUCCACUCCUGUCACCAUGGAAACACUUUCAUCAAUUUCUGUGGAGAGGAUGAAGGUUCAGUUGCUGCAGAAACAGUCUGAGCUCACUGUAACACUUCAGGCCUUUGAGGAGUUUCAAGAGAUCCACAAAAAACAGCUGGCUGCGAUGGAAUCUGAGAAACAGUAUCUUGAGAAAUCCAACAAACAUCUGGAGAAGAUUCUGGAGGUCACUAAAGCCUACACUAAACAGGAAGUGUCUCAACUCAACAAGAUUCACGCUGAAACCAUCAAGAUCUUAACCACACCCACUAAAGGCUAUAACCUGAGGACUCGGCUCGUGCCGCUCUCCAGCCCGGACCAUCUGAACGGACAGGUGGGAGAAGUUGAUGACAUCCAGAAUGAACAGCCGCCUCCUGAGAUGAAUGAGCUGGCCUGUGAAGCGCUCUCUGAAGAGCUCAAGCAAAUGCAGGAACAGGCUCUUCGUGUUCAGGGUCAGUUAGAUGACGAGGAGGCCAAGAACAGAAAACUGCACCAGCAAAUCACCAAGCUGGAAGAACAGCUGACCACAGAAACCGAGCAGUCCAGCUGCACCAAGGAGCUUUUUAGCGCUGAGCGGCGUUCACUCCUGGAGGAACAGGAACUUCUUAAGGAACGAAUCAGGAAGCUGGAGCAGCAACUGGAGGAGGAGAAGAGAGAGAUGGACGUGGUGCGCGUGGAGGUGCGAGACUUGCGCGUGGUGCUGCAUUCCUCUGAUAAACAACUGGAGGACACCCGGACAGAGCUGCAGAGGGAGAAAGCAGAACACGAGAGGGAGAACACACAGCUGUCAAAGAGUCUGAUCAGCACACAGAUGGAGCUGGACAACGUCAGGUUGGAGUGGGAGCAGGUGUUGGAAACGCAGCGCUUCCUACAGGACGCGUUUGACACGCUGCAGGCCGAAUUUCAGUUUGAGCUGGAUCAGCACCAACAGCAGAUGAAGCUCAAGAACCAAGAGUGUUCGCAACACCAAACCCUGAUCAAUGAGUUGCAGCAGAGUCUGCAAGCAGAGAAAGAGCAGAACACCAGCGUGAGAUCCCAGCUGACCGCACACAAGGAGAGCAUGUCCAAAGAGCUUGUGCAGUCUGUAGAGGAGAACGCCUCGCUGAAGAAACACAUUACUGACCUGACAAACAAAAAUCAACAACUGUGUAAGCAGAUUGAUGCUCUGCAGCAGAGUGUGUGUUCAGCCAACAUCACCAUCAACAGCCUCAAUCAAAAGAUUGAACAGGACAAAGAUGUGGUGCUGGAGCUGAUGCAGGAGACCAGAGAUCUACGCAGCGAAGUCGCUCAGAAAGAUCAUACUGUGUGUUCACUUCGUGGGGAGAUCGCUGACAUCAGUAUGAAGUACAGCACCGUGUGCUCUGAGAAAGAGCAGAUGAAGGAGAAGAGCUUACACAUGGAGAACGAACUACAGGAGCUGCGUGAAGCUUCAGAGAGACGCCUCGCCUCUGACCGUGUAGAGCUGGAGCUGAUACAGGACGAUUUGGCAUACGCUACAGAUGAGGUGGAGAGACUCAGUAAAGUGGUGAAGGAACAGGAAGCUUUUCUGGAAAAUUCAAAGACCCUCAACAUCGAAAGAGAAAACAAUGUCAACACGCUGAAGGAACAGGUAAAACAGCUGAACGAACAGUUUCGCUUGUUGAAAAUGAGAGAAUCUGUCAAUCAACCUUCAAAUGUCUCCUCCACCCCCAAAGGAAAAAUAGAGACGCCCCACACCCCAUGUGGAUUGAGCUCGAGUCUGUCUCAGGUGUUGGAGUGUCAGGAGAGAGAGCUGGAGAGCCGGCGUUCCUCCAUGAUGACAAUGGAAGUUCUGCUAGAGGAACUCAACGCUGAGCGCACAGCCAAGAACCAAGAGAUUGACAGAUUAAAGGCCCAGCUAAAUGAAAAGGAGAUCAUUCGAAUGGAAAUUCAGACAUUGCUGGACAAGUUUUACACCGUCAAGAAAAACAGCCAUUCACACGAAGACCUGCAGGAGGCCAUACACCUCUCUGUACUGAGAGAACUACAGGAAGAACGCAAAAACAAAAGCUCAUUGAUGAUGCAGUUUACUGACGCUCAAACAGAGCUGCAGCGUAAUGAAGUGACUCUCGUCCAGUCUCAGACGUGUGUGCAGGAAUUGACCACUGAACUCAGGAAUCGCUGCUUGGAGCUAAGAGAUCUGCGACAGAAAGAGCAUCAACAUGAAAAACUGCAGCAGGAAGUUGAGGUUUUAAGGAAGCAGGUGGAUCAUCUGGCUGAAGAGAAUGGCAAACUGUUGGGUCAUCAAAACCCAAAGCAGAAAAUCGAGUAUCUGGUCAAACUGAAGAAGGAAAUCACCAAACUGCAGGAGGAGAAUAGCAAACUGAGACAGUGUCUUCACAUGGAAGAGAGUCCAACAGCAGCCAAUGUUAAUCCUUGACAUGAUGGAUGAAAAUCAUCUUGACAGACCUAAACUUGAUCUUUUCUAAUGACUAAAUUAAUUUUAAGGGUCAUCCUGAACAGUUUUUUGGAUUCUCUGAUGUCUUAUGUUUUUGUCUUAUUCACCUUUUGUUUAUUUGUGUCAUUUUUUUCAUGCAUGUAUCCAAAUUGUAGCUAUUUGUACACAGCAAAUGACUUGUUGCUUUAAUAGAGAUUUCAUUGAAAAAUAAUUACCUCUCAGAAAACAUUUCUUUCAUAAACAUAUGCUGAUCUUGUACAUCUUGCCUUAAUAAUAGAAAUACAUUGUGAACUGUGAGAAUUUGUGUGUGGCUCAGUGGUUAGAGCAUGGCAUUAGCAAUGCCAAGAUCAUGGGUUUGACCCAAGGGGAUUCCACAUAGUCAGAAACAAAUGUAUAAAAAAUGCAAUGUAAGUCAAAUUGGAGAAAAGCAUCUGUCAAAUGCGUAAAAGCACAGCUAGAAAGGCCUUUGCAAAAAGACAUGGUUAUCCUAAGAUGUUUUUGGGUGCAGUAAGAGCACAGUGUGGGCUGUGACACAAAGUGAGGCUUAACCUUUGUUUCUAUGUUAGUUCAAAACAUCAUUACACACAUACUAUCCAGGAGUCGAUUUUGGAUACUAUCCAAAAUCAUGAAUGCACAAUAUGUUCCUAGUCACCUUGUAAGGGUACAGAAAAUAAAGCGGAAUAUAAAUCAGAAA